GCGGAUCGUGCGGCUGUCCUUACCUUGCCACUUCCCUCCAAUUGGCAGAAUCCGGAAGUCCCUUAUCCGCUCAGGGAUAAAGAUAUCAUUCGCAUGGACGUCGUUGAUUUUGCGAGACUAGUGUACUACGGAAUAAUAGUUGUCGAACAGCCAGUGAGAGAGAUCAGAUUGUACGGUCAUAAUUCUCCCAAGGUCAUCAAGGCACAGGAUCCUACUCUACCGUUUGAAGUCGCCCUUGUGACGGAAGGACUGAAUUUUGGAAGGGAGGCGCUCAAAAAUAGAUUGCUGCCCCGGUUAGUGGAGGACACAUUCGCCAGUUACGCCGCGCGUACAAAAAAUCAUCCCGGCACGGUUCAGGCGCUCUCUGAGAUGUCAUCUUUUUCUGACUACGUUGGACUCAAGAAGAGAAGCUACUUUGAGGUCAUUUGGGACAGCUGUCCCAGAAACGUUAGAAUGCGCUUCAUGCACAAAGACGAGCUAUGGGCCGACACGUUGCCGGACUGGCACGGAUCUUGCUCUGCGAAACAGAUACGGGAAUUCUCCACCAGCAAAUCGUACAGGUACAACCAGCGCGCUAACUACUUUUGGGACGAGAUGACAACAGUAGAACUAGAACAACUAGCCAUAAAACUCAUGCGGGGUCAGCAACAAGUAGAAGCACAAGUAGUUGGCAAGGAGAAACCAGUGGCGGGCGAGGUCCUGUGGUAUUUCGACAUGAGUGAUUACGAAAAAAAGAUGCACAAUGUGAUGAACGACGCGAGGAUGUGGUACUCGUGUCCGAAUAGGAACGCCGCUGCUGCUGCACGUCAAGCACGAGAUCGGAUCAGACGCGGUAUCCUGGAGCCGCAAUUAAAAGGGGUUGACAACAUCCGGGCGACGGCGACAGAUGGUCCUCAAGGCAAGGCGAGAGUACCACAACUAGAAGAUGUAAGGCAAUACAUCAGUGUCAAAAGCUGGAUCGAUAAAAUCCAAGAAUUCCAAAAAAAGCAGUCAAAAAUAGCAUCAGCACCAUCUUCACCUGCCAAAGGCGCUCCAGGGAGUCAAACUGCGGGGAAAAUUGCAGCUGCAACUAGUAUGUACAGAACAGUUCGGUUCGCCAAGAAAGAAAAAGAUGAAUAUGUGGAGCUUUCCUUUUGGCCUCAUAAAACUCGGCUUGGCGGCAAUGAUUACCCGAUAGACCUCACGAGAAAAACGUCGGGAGCUGUUCUUACUUUACCACCACGGCUACCUCUGGACGGUAGUCAGGGUGCGACAGAUCUCGUGAAAAAUCUCAUCCGUAUGCCUAUCGUCGAUUUUGCGAGACUAGUCUUGUACAAGAUAAUAGUAGUCGAACAGCCAGUCACUAAGAUCAUUGAGCGAGUUUGGAAGUUUCCAAUGGCUAACUUCCCUUUCAUUCACCACCAGCCAUUCCAGAUGGCGCCGCUGUUUGAGGUUGACCUUUUGUUGAACCAGAAUCCUCGAGCCAAGUAUGAGAAUAUGGAGAAAGUGCCGGGACUCAUCACGACGCCGCUCAAUACAUUGGAUCGGAUGGAGCAGGACACUCUUGCUCGAAACGACGUGUAUAACGAUUAUUACGUCAAGAAGGAUGAGGCCGAUAAAAGAACAGCGACUGGAUUGCCACAUUCGGGAAUGCUGUAAUUUAAGAACUUCGGUGGAGGACGACGUGGUGUUGCGUCAGGCCACAAGACGUGUUGAGAAUGUUUUUUGGAUGCAAGUGAAGUUUACUCGGAGGUGUCGGAAAAAGAAACUGAUGAGACACGCAUUUCAGAUAAUAGAGGAAACCAAAAACAACGUGAACAAUGGCAAUAUAGUCGUGGUGCCAAUGGCAAUGAGGACCGAUACCGCGUUCUCAUUCGACACAAAUGCAAAUGAUUAGAGGACAAACAAAGAUUUUCUUGAUUUUCUCUGAAGCAGAUCUCCCAUACCCAUUCCCAUAGAGUAACAAUACGCAUUUCUUCAUUGAUUCAAGGCAGAUUUUCUCGAAUUUUUAUUUUCUUUUUGCAAUAUGAAUAUCGUCGUUGAGCGUGAGAAGUUGAAGCAAAAGCGGGGCAAAGGUGUUGUAUGCAUAAGAUCUAAGUACUUAGUUCAAGAGAAAAAACAAGGUCAAGGACGAGAGGAUGACAGAUAAUACAAGGA